AUGAGCUCAGAGGCACAGGCAGUGUCCAGGUUUCGCACCCCGGAGCCAGUCUUUGGAGUUGUUGCUCCCGAGAUCAUUGAAGAUACUUUAAUUUGUUUAGCUACAGAAAAUGAACAAUAUCUGAAUGAGCUGUCGGAUCAAGCAGGAUGCUUCAAAGAGACCCAGAUAGUGGAAUUUGUAUUUCUUCUGUGUGAAAAAUGGUUCCUGGACCAAUCUGCACGAUAUCAAGCAGUUGAAAUAUUUGAAAGGUUUAUGAUUAAGCAUGUAGAAGAGAGCUAUAACUCUACCAAAAAGUCAAGGACAAACAAUGAACAAGGAGAGGGCAACAUCUGGGGCACUUUGAAAGCACAGAUGUGUGACACAUUUGUGCUGCGGCUUGUCUCUUGCAUUCAGCUUGCAAGCAAACUUUCUUUUCACUACAAUAUAAUUAACAAUAACACAGUUCUGAAAUUUCUGCAGUCCUUAGACUAUUCAUACACAAAACAGAACUUGGUGGAGUCAGAACUUGCCAUUCUGAAGGCUCUACGCUUCCAGAUCAAUGUGCCAACUCCUUUUGCCUAUGUUGAGUUGCUUCUGGAGGUGUUAGGACAUAAUGGCUGCUUACUUCCUAUGAAACAGUUGCAUAAGAUGUGCAUGCACCUACUGGAUUUAACUUAUCUCAUGCGGAACAUCAUCUAUGAUACUUUACUGAAGAUUUCUAUUGAGAAUUCAACACCGAGUGAACUCCAGAUAGCAAAAUUUUUGCCAGUAAAGGAAGAUUUCAUGCUCUUGGCAGUUGGCGUCAUCAGCACAAGCGGUUUCAUACUAAAUCCCGAAUACUGGAAUCAGGUUGUGGAGCAUUUAAACUGCAUCACUGGUAUUACCACACAAAGCAUUUUAGAGUUUUCAUAUGCAAUACUGAAGCACAGUGUUGGCACCACUAAUCCAAGGAAGAACAAAGGAACUAGAUCUUCAGAGAACUAUGUUGUACCUGCUACAAAAUAA